AUGGACACCUACGUUUACUGCAACGGGCGCACGGAUGGCUCCACGACACCCAAACACCCCGAAGCAGCGAUGACAGCGCGGGCCGCGGGCAAUCGCAAUAUGAACUGGCUCAUUCAUGGCCUGUACACGAGGAAUGACUACUCAUUGUGCAAAAAACUAAUAGAAAGGCAGCUAAUUAUCAACUACGAUAAAGAGUAUUUAUAUUAUGUAAAGGGUUUAAUUUUGCGAAACGAAGACUAUCCUGCUGAGGCAAUCAAUUGCUUCCAACAGGCCAUAAUGGUAAACAGGAAAAACUCCGAUAACUAUAAGGAACUGGCCAAGACUUUAUUUGCAAUGGGUCGCUUUAAGCCGGCGUUGGAGGUGUUCCUCAAGGCGGAAACCUUACUCGAGCGACCGGAUCCGGAAGUGUAUCAUUUUAUCGGUGAACUAUUCUAUAAAAACUUCGGUCAACCGAAGGCGGGCCUGACGGAAGCCAAAGAAUAUCUUAAACAAUCCGUCAUGUGUGGUAAACACGUGAAUAGCUAUAAAAUUUUGGCUGAGAUUUAUAUCGAAGAAGGUGAAAAUGUUAAAGCGAUUGAAAUGAUCGAGAGUUGUUUGCAAGUUUCACAGGAUGACGUUGCUUUGAUAACGCAGAUCGGAGUGUUGUAUUUAAAAAUCAACGAAUAUCAACGAGCUUUCGAAAAGCUACUGGAUGCUAUUGCAAUUGACGAUAAGUGCACAACAGCUUUACUAGCGCUGGGAUCUAUACUGCAAUCUAAAAACGAUAUUGAUGGGGCGUUAAAUAAAUACAAGCGUAUUUCCAACUUACCUGAGGAGGGAGCCGAAAUAUGGAGUAAUAUCGGAUUGUGUUUCUUCAAGAAGCAGAAAUAUAUCGCCGCUAUAUCGUGCCUGAAGAAAGCUAUUUGGGUAGCUCCGUUAAAUUUUAACGCUCUUUACAAUCUAGGAUUGGUGCUGGUAACGGCCCAGCAAUACGUAAGUGCCUUUCAAACGCUAGCCGCAGCGAUCUGUCUCCGUCCGGACAAUGCGGACUGCUACAUGCUUUUGGGAACUUGCCUCCGCCAUCUCAACGAUCCGGGAAAUGCAUACCUUGCAAUGGAAAAGUCAACGAUGCUACCGGAUGCGAUAAAAAAUCCCCUAAUCUACUUAAACUUUGCUCUCUAUUGUUACGAGAUUGGAAAACCGGAACAGUCGGUGUCGUAUCUGGCGAAUUUCAUCGAAAUGACUCAACACAUCAGCGUUCACCGAGAGUAUCUGAAGAUGGCAGACAGGCUAAAUGCUGUCCUAGCUUCGUCUGCUAGCCUGCGGCUGCCGAUUCCUGCGGGUGGCGGUGUUCCUGCUGCUGACGGAAGCGUGACCCCAACAAUCGGUGCUUCCACUUCAACGGAACAAGCCGCCACCGCCAUUGGAAUGCAUAAUGAGGACGAAAAAACAACUUCGGAUGAUGGCGCUAGGGCAAAUCGGAAUGAUAAUGACGAAACAUAA